ACCUCGCUUUCCUCGCUGGUCGAACAAUGGCUGCAGUGGGACCAGGAUCCCAAAACACGCGCGGAGAUAGAGCAUCUGCGGGAUGCUGGUGCUACCGAGGAGCUGGAGCUGCGCUUGAGACAUCGUAUUGAAUUCGGGACCGCCGGUCUACGGGGUCGGAUGGCAGCUGGAUUCGCCUGCAUGAACUCAUUGACGGUCAUCCAAGCUUCGCAGGGCCUGGCAAUUUAUAUCAAGACAAAGAAGCCCGAGAUCGCCAAGCAGGGUGUGGUGAUUGGCCACGAUGCGCGCCAUAACUCGAAUCAAUUCGCCAGGCUUGCGGCCAAUGCCUUUAUUGCCCUCAGCAUCCCGGUCUGGUUUUUCGAUCAAUAUUCACCUACACCGAUGGUCCCUUUUGGGGUGAAUCACUACAAAGCCGCUGCUGGUAUUAUGGUGACUGCCAGCCAUAAUCCACCCCAAGAUAAUGGCUACAAGGUAUACUCGAACAAUGGAGCUCAAAUCAAUCGGCCUGAAGAUGCAGAAAUUUCCCAGUCUAUCUGCGAGAACCUGGAGCCCUGGUCAAGUGCCUGGAAAGAUCUUGAAACUAGCGAUUUGUUGCAUGACAAGUCCUACCAGGAUCUCUUCCCCCACUACGUCAGCCGAGUUGUGGAAUUUACGAAGUCGACUUCAUCUUACUGGAUGCCUUCGAAGAUGGAUCUUGGGAAGCCUUACAUUUACACACCUCUCCACGGAGUUGGUGAUGUCGCCUUUAAUGCAGUGUUCGAGCUGCUAGGCGUUCCGGAGCAUCACUUGCUAUCGGUCCCUGCUCAAAAAAACCCUGAUCCCGACUUUCCAACCGUCAAGUUUCCUAACCCGGAGGAAACUGGGGCUCUGGACCUUGCUAUCGAGGCGGCAAAUAAAAAGCGAUCAAUUUUGAUCUUUGCCAAUGACCCUGAUGCAGAUCGAUUUGCCGUCGCAGAGAGAGUCGAUGGAAAAAUGUUCCAGUUCACAGGUGACCAGAUCGGUGUUCUCCUGGCCACUUACCUCCUCGAUUCUUCUCGUGAUGGCGAAGGCGCCAAUGCUUCUGACAUCACCGUGCUAUCAAGCGCUGUAUCAAGUGGCUUGCUCCAAAGAAUAGCCGAGGAUAAAGGCUUCAAAUUCAAAGAAACACUAACAGGUUUCAAAUGGAUGGCGAACGAAGCUCGAAAUCUCGAAAAGAUCGGUCGCGUGGUCCCGUUCGCAUACGAAGAAGCCCUCGGCUACAUGUUCCCUUCUGUUUGCUACGACAAGGAUGGAAUCACAGCAGCUGCCGUCUUCCUCGCCGCCCACCUCGAAUGGGCCCGUGAUGGUACGAGUAUUUACCAAAAGCUCGAAAAUAUAUGGGCGUCAUAUGGCUAUCACGAAACACUGAACAAUUACUUCCGGUCACCGAGUCCGGCGCUCGCAGUUGAAUUGUUCCGCGGGAUCAGGAGCGGCCCUUUCCUCGCAGAGAUGAAAUUCGGCAACUUCAAAAUCGAGCGAUGGAGAGAUCUGACUGAGGGUUACGACUCUGCCACGCCGGAUAACAAGCCCGAGUUGCCUGUGGAUCCGACUAGCCAAAUGCUCACGCUCUGGCUGGAUAAGGGAGUGCGUUUCACAUUCCGAGGCUCGGGAACUGAGCCGAAGGUCAAAUUCUACAUCGAGAGUCGCGCAGAGCCGCAUGCACCACACCGUGAUGCUACCCAGGCCGCAUGCGACGCUUUUACUACUCUCCUGCACGAAUGGGUUGAACGCUACACCCCUGAAAUGACCUACAGCAAGCAGCUUCGUACUUCAUCGGGAUAUGUCUUGGACUUGUAG